AUGGCUAGUGAGGAGAGUUUUGUAAUGUUGGUGCAUUACAGAUGGUCAAUUAAGAGAAAAACACGAUCUGGUGUGAAGUUCAUUGAUAAGGAUCCUCUGAGUAUUUUUAUGAGACCUACGACGAGAUUCGAUGACUUUGUGAAUUCUAUCAUACAAAAACUUGGGCUGCAAGGCGUGAAACGGGUUCAGAAGUUAUUCUAUCGCAUUCCUAUCUCAGUGCUGCGAGAUGACGUGAAUUAUGAUUGUUUCAUCAUAGGGAGUGAUGAGGAUUUGCAGGUCCUCUUCCAUUGUCGUCGGCAGUUUUCCGAGGUCAGGACACCUGAGCUGUUGACAAAGUUGGUUGAUGUGGUAUCUAGCUCGAGGGGUUCAAACAGGAAUACCCACACUAUAGGCACGGUAGCCGGUUUUAACUCGAGACCUGUUGGUGCAUCUUUGUCCGUGCCUGUGAAUGCACCUCUGGAGGAGCCUGUCGCCUCCCCAUCGUUCGCCGUUGAUCUCAACUGCAGUGGUGGUGGAGAGGUUGGUAUCGUGGAUAGGGUGCCGACUUAUUUACAGUGUGGGGCACCGGCUGGUAUGGGUGAUGCAUUGCUGGAUGAUGAUGACGAUGAUGAUGUGGAGUCGGACCUCAUUGCUGAUGACAGUGGCGAUGACAUUGCAGCGAGUAAUCCAGCUAGGUACGUUGGGAAGUGUACCGAAUUUGGGAACGGGUGUACAUGGUUGAUUAGACUAAGUCUCCGGCAGCGCAAGGGUAUUUGGGAGGUAAAACGGUACAACGGACCUCAUACCUGUCUCGCGACGUCGAUCUCGAGCGACCACAGGAGUAUUGAUUAUCAUGUGAUCUCGGCCUUCAUAAUGCCAAUGGUUAGAGCUGAUGCAUCCGUUUGCAUCAAGGACGGGAACUCCAACAUCCUACCUGUUGCAUUUGCACUUGUGAAGGGUGAGAAUGCAGAGUCCUGGUCGUUUUUUCUAUCCCAUCUCCGGCAGCACGUGACCCCGCAACCGGGUCUCCUGGUGAUAUCAGAUAAGCACAACGGUAUCAAGGCUGCAUUUGAGGCUCCCGAUGGAGGAUGGCUACCACCUGCUGCAUACCGUGCAUUCUGUAUUCGACAUGUGGCCGCAAAUUUUGCCCUCAUAUUCAAGGGCAAGGAUGCAAGGAAGCUUCUUGUUGAAUGUAGCUUGUGCCUGCGUGCCGGUGGUAUGUGUCCUCCGACGUGCCGCAUCAUCCUCCUCCAUAAUGGCACUGAUCUCCUCCAGAAAGUGUGA